AUGGAAAGGUACACUGUUUAUCCACGUACUAUGCUAAUUCCGUCAAUGCUCAUCCUUGUACUCAUUGUUUGGGUAUCAUCGGCAACAGAUUACACGUAUGAUGAAUUCACAUACCCAGAUGAGUGUCCUGGAGCAAAAAAAAAUACAAACAGUUUUGGAACAGCAGUCCCUCUGACAAUUAUUGUAAAGAAAGAUUCACGAGAACGGCGAAGGGUUGUAGAUGCUGGACACUGUCAGGAACAUAACUAUUUUGAAAAGGACACUUCUUUAUAUUUCAAGGCUCAUGAGUUAGUGGGGAGAGGAAAUCAGAGCGAGUACGAGAUGAUGUACGCCAUAAGGGUAGGAAGGAAAGACCCAGUUCGUGCAAAUGAAAACCCCUUAAAAUAUCACCUCAAAAUGUGUCACGAAGGCGUCGGGAAACGAGGGACUGGCUUGGACUUCUCAACAAUGUAUUACGAAGAUCCUUUUCGAGUUGGAAGGAUGGUGGUAAAAAGAGGAGACGAGAUUGUAUUCGAGUACACGCCUCCUAAAGAUUGCUAUGCAACCGGUUCCUGGAUUGCUAACGAGGGAAUUUACCUGCUUGAUCCAGAAACUAACCAGUUCCACAUGAUCUAUUAUAACAUUUUCAUCGCUGAUAUUGUAACUUGA